CUUUUAUAUAUCUCUCUCAUGUUGCGGCGGCUAUUGAACUCAGACUUCUUCUCAUCUAUCACUCAUGAUAAGUGCAGAGACUCUUGCCGACAGUAGAUGCGACUGGGGGACUCGGUGUCUUUUGCAGCGUCCGUUUUGGUUUCGUCACGAGAUUCUGAGGUUGCUCCUUGCGCCUUUCGAGGCGACAGGCGUUGAACCCUCCGUUUCAGAUUAAAAUAAAAUAAUUAAUUCCGGCUUCGCUCGACAAGAUGGCAAUGAACUUUGUGACUUUUAAUCAGGACUACAGCUACUUAGCUGUUGGUACGGUUUCUUCGCCCCUUCUUCCUUCGAGCGCUACUUGACAUCCUACCAGCUACCUCCAAGGGGUUUCGUGUAUUUACAACGGAUCCCUUUUCAAAGUGCUAUGAGACAAAAGAGGGAAAUAUUGCCAUUAUUGAAAUGCUAUUCUCGACAUCCCUGGUUGCGCUCAUUCUGUCUCCGCGUCGCCUUCAAAUCGCUAAUACCAAGCGUCAAUCUACAAUAUGCGAGUUGACUUUUCCGACUACCGUGCUAGCGGUCAAGUUGAACCGGAAACGGCUCGUUAUAGUUCUGGAGGAUCAGAUUUAUCUUUACGAUAUUCAGACUAUGAAACUGUUAUAUACGAUUGAAACGUCCCCGAAUCCCACCGCGAUUUGUGCCUUGUCACCAUCCUCUGAAAACUGUUAUCUUGCAUAUCCUCUUCCCCAGAAGGCCCCUCCUUCAUCAUUUACUCCUCCACCUCAUGCCCCUCCGGGGAAUACUCACAUCUCACCCACCAGCGGUGAAGUCUUGAUCUUUGACACUUUGAAACUGGAAGCAAUCAAUGUGGUUGAAGCUCAUCGAUCACCCUUAGCAUGUAUUGCGCUGAAUAGCGAUGGGACGCUUUUAGCAACCGCUUCUGACAAAGGAACCAUCAUUCGAGUCUUUUCGGUGCCGGACGGGAACAAGCUUUAUCAAUUCCGGCGAGGGUCCAUGCCUUCAAGAAUUUACAGCAUGUCUUUUAAUACUACAUCCACGUUACUCUGUGUAUCAUCAUCAACGGAUACCAUCCAUAUUUUCAAACUGGCCCAUCAGGGUUCGCCUUCUGCAGGGUCGCUAUCAACUACUUCACUCACCGCACGAGAUAGGACUUUCAGCCAAAGCUCUUCUGGUGGUGAUGGUGAUGAUAUGGGAGGAGACGCUAGCACAGCUGACUUUCCUUCUCGAAAACACAAUGGUACCUUCAUGGGAAUUAUCCGUCGCACUUCUCAGAAUGUUGGAAGUUCAGUUGCUGCUAAGGUUGGGGGCUAUCUUCCAAAAGGAGUCAGCGAGAUAUGGGAGCCCACCCGGGAUUUUGCAUGGAUUAAAAUUCCAAAAUCAAGCCAAGGACAAGGGGGAGGAGGGUCACUUAGAAGCGUGGUUGCAAUGAGCAGCAAUACACCUCAAGUGAUGGUAGUCACAAGCGACGGCAACUUCUACGUCUUCAAUAUUGAUUUGUCGAAAGGUGGAGAAGGGACGCUGACGAAGCAGUACUCGGUAAUUGAUUCGAACGAUAGAUUAGGGUAUUCCGGCCUCGAAUACUGAGAUUCCUUCCGUUUCUUGCAAUGAUGCUUCCUCUAUUAUUUCACACUCUUUGCUAUCUUCAGUGGUUUAGCAGCGUUUCUUGGCCUUUCUGUUUUUUGGAGCGACCCUUUUCAUCGGACAUUGGUUUGCGUGUCAUUCUGUGAUGUUCUGAGAUACACCUUCAUUGUAUCCCAGUCUCCCCUUCUUUAGUCGAUCCUUGUCUACACUUUUUUUUUUCUUACGAUAUUAUAUAAUGCAGGAAUACUCGCCUUGCGCAUAGUUCUUUUAUUGAUGUUCUAUCUACCCCAAGUGUACCUACCUAGUCCGCCACCUCUUCCAUAGAAGAGUCAGCCCUGUUUCAAGUACAAUAGCACAGUGGCUAACGGGCAGGAAUGGCAAUCAUACUCUGUACAAUAUCACAAUGAACAUCCACAGGGUUUCCCUUUCUUUUAUUUUUAGAUAUCUAGUCUCGAAA